AUUCAUAAACUAUGUAGCAUUUUAAAAAGAAAUUUUAUUCGAAAAUAUAGAAAUGUCAAAUAAGACGCAAUGUAAGAACAAUAAUUUGACAUAAAUCAAGGGCAAGAAAUGCUUCAAAACUUUAGUAAAAUAGUUAUUGUUAGUUUAAUUAAGUUAAUUUAUAUUACUUGCAACGACGAACUUGGCAAUUUAACUGAUUUAUCGCGAUGUAUAUUAAGUCAUUUGGGUUUGGAAUAUCGAGGGGAAAUCCAGAAAACUGAAUCGGGUGUUCCCUGUCAGGCAUGGGAUUCGGAGAAGCCCGUUCAUAAAGUGAACAUCUCUUUUAUCGAUGAGAAGUUUAGCGAUUUCUCGAAAAAGAAUGCUAUGAACUAUUGCAGAAAUCCCAGUUUGCAUCCUGAUGGACCUUGGUGUUACUCCAUGGAGAAGAAUAACAUAAACGAAACGUGUAUGAUACCGUUGUGUUCGUUUAGUGAGUGCAAAGCAACUGGCCCCGGAAUGGAAUAUUCAGGGAAACAUAAACGGGGAUUAUCAGAUAGAAAAUGUUUAAAGUGGAACAAGAAAAGGAAAAAAGUUAGACAUGAUGGCAAUAUAACUGAAAUAGAAAAAUAUGCAGCACACAAAUUUCCUGAGAAUGAUUUAUCAGAUGCAAGUAAAUUUUGUCGAAAUCCGAGUGGAGAUGUGGGAGGUCCUUGGUGUUUCGUUGAGGUUGAAGAUUCCAAUGAAGUGGAGAGAGAAUAUUGUGAUGUCCCAUUUUGUGAAGACCAAGAGUGUACCGUUUUCACAAAAGAAACUCCAAUCUACUCGCAUUUCGCAGCAUUCGAAAGUACUCAGAACUUUACUUUUGGAUUAAGACUGUGGGAUUCAGAUUCUUUUCUCAAUACAAGUGCUAAAUUACUUUUAUCUGUUUUGGCCUUGCCGACAACGGGUAAUGAAGUAAAAGAAUUGGGAUUUGGAAUAGAAAUUCAUAUUUCAACGACAAAAGUCGCACUGACUUAUGGCAAUAAAGAUGACGUGCAUUAUGAAAAGUUAGAAAACCCCUUAGUUUCGCAUAAAUAUCAAUUUUUUUCGUUAAACUGGGAUAAAGGGAUUAUAACGUUUUCUAGAGAGGGUGCCGUGGUACCCAUAUUUAUGGCUGAAAUACAAACGAAAAAUAAUCUACUUGGAUAUCAUAAAGACGCCUUUUCCUAUUAUUCAGCAAUGGGGGAAAAUAUGCUGUGGUCUUUCCCCUUUUGUGACGAUGACGACGUUUGUGACAUUCAAACAACAACUUCAGAACAUCAUCAACAAUUUUGGCCUCUUGGAAGAACGGAUUUAGGUUUCGAUCUUAAAUUUUAUAUUCGUGCAUUUCAUUCAGGAUACAUUUUACUCGUUCCAAGUCCCGCAGUAAAAUAUCCCGCUUUGAAAAUAAUGCUAGACAAAAAAGAUGGCUUCACUGAAGUUGUUCAUUAUCCCCGCGAAAACGAGCCACCCAAUGUAUUGGUCAAGCACACAUUGAAUGAAUUCUUGCUUGAUUAUUGGAAAUGGGCCGAAUUUACACUUGCAAUAUUUGCUGAUAAUUUACAACUUUUUAGCACUCGAGAUAUUGGAACUUUAUUAAUCAUUGACUUGCGUCACGAAAGUAUAAGACAGAUACGUUGGUUUUCACCAGCCUCAAACGAUAGUGUGGCGCACUGGACGUUUUCUUGUGCGCCUCUGAAAUCUGCUAAUCCCCCGCCAGCAUUUUUACCUGAAUGUGCUCUGGAAAUGCAUGAAAAUACCUAUAAAGGAACCCAAGAUUUAACUAAUGAAGGAAUACCUUGUUUACCUUGGUCAGGUAAAGGUAUUCCAAGCAAUGAUUUCUUCAAUGACAAGAAUGAAGUGCUCAAAACAAGAAAUUAUUGUAGGAAUCCCUUGAGUGAUGAUUUAGGUUCUUAUUGUUACACUUUUUCGCGUACAAGGGAAAUCGUAAAAAGUUAUUGUCACAUAAGACCAUGUAAAUCUCAAGAAUGCAGAUUGGCCGGAACGGGUAAUGAUUAUGUCGGAAAACUUAAUAUAACUCGGUCGAAUCGAUCUUGCAUGGCAUGGACUGCUACAUCUUUCAAAAGUUAUAACGAAACUCUAUUUGCCGAUAAAAAAAUCGAAGACGCUAAGAAUUAUUGCCGAAAUCCUACAAGAAACUUGGCUGGAAGUUGGUGUUAUACAAAUGAUAGUAGGUUUAGAUAUGAUAUAUGCAACGUAAGAGACUGUGAUAAACCCGAAGAGUGCAUCGUUAUAAUUAGACAGAAAGGAACGGCUUCAGAUAUCCAUAUACUGCCCCAGUGGAAAGCAGGAGGUGCCCACGGGGGACUGCAUUUUGCCGCAAAACAGUGGAAUCCUGAUCAGCAAAUAGGCGCAGUUUUUGAAUUUAAAUCGUUAGAAAAAGAUCAGUCAAUGAAGUUGGUCAUAGGAGAAAAAGAAAACGAAAAAGUGCAAAUGUAUUAUAACUCGUAUUUGGUUAAAGAAAAGACGCUUUCCCAUUUAAUGCAUUCUGGCAAAUGGACGUCAUUUUGGCUACAAAUUCGAAAGGGUGAAAUAGCUCUCGGAUAUGAAGACGUCGAAACAGCCUUAUUCGAAUGGACACAUGAUUAUCAAAAUACAGCAUUUGAACCCAUAUUUAUGAGUUAUAUGUCUUUGUUCUUAAGUCCUUUAGGACUAUUUUUUAAUUGCGAUGAAUGUCAUAUAGAGAACGUCACAAAUUCUGAUUUUUUAAAACUUUUUCCUCUUGGAUUACGGCGAAAAGAUAGGAAACCGCUUUACAACAGCAUAUGUUUUAAAUUACGAGGUAUUGGUGUCUUUAAUGUGCUGUUGUCUGCUUUGCCAGACGUCGGUUUAUAUCAUUUGAUUAAAAUAAGUGACGACGAUGUGUCAAUUUAUAAAGUAGACUUUAACAAGCGCAACAAAAUGAUACUACUAAAGUUAGAAAAAAUGAUUAAAGGCCCACUUUUACGCACAAAUUCCUGGACGAAUUUACACAUUUCAUUUCAAGAACAAGAGUUAAAUGUUUCUUCAGAAGAGGCACUUUUGUUUCGUUACAACAGUAGCGAUGAGCCAUUAGUGUUUUAUUGGUUUUCUGUAGGAUCUGAAAAGGGCUGGGUGGUUUGGGUGGCUAACUGUGUACCUCUUGACAUUGAUGGUCCUCCUUUGGACGGCGGUUGGUCCAAGUGGUCACCAUGGCAAUGUACCGUCACAUGUGGAGGAGGAGAAGGAUUUAGAACACGAAACUGUACGAAUCCCAGCCCAAACAUAUUCGGUCAACAAUGUCAUGGGUCACCAAAAUCUGUGGGAACUUGUAACGAUUUUCCUUGUGGAGACAUAUCACCUGCAACUAUUGAAUCUAUUCAACAGGAUCUAAAGACAACUCAAGUUAGUUUAAUUGUAAACGAAGAAGAUUCACUUUUUAUAGAAGCUAACAACGAAAUUACUUCAAAAAUACACACGGAAUCACCUGAAGCCACCUUUAUGUGGACUUUGAACGGAUUAUUGGUGGAAAAAAACAAAAAUCGAACUAUAUUGAAGAAUAAUAGCAUUUCUAUAUCGAAGACUUCAGAAAAAGAUGUAGGAGUUUAUGCAUUUGUAUUGAAGAGAAUAAAUAAGCAAAAACUUAUAAUUCGUACAGUUACAUUAGCAGUUGUAUCUAAAACUUACGAUAUUUCUACAAGAGCUACAUCAGAACUUAUUUUACAUUCCAAAGCGAUGACUUUGGGACAUAUUUACAUCGAUCUUUCCCAAAAAUGGCUCUUAAAUAAUACUACCUACAUUGAUUAUGGGAUAACGACCCUUAGUGCCGUCGCCACCGAACGUAUCAAGCCGUUAAACGCAUCCCAUUCUGGAGAAUGGAGAUGUGUAGUGGAACAAUUAGAAUUAGGUUUAUUCUGGGUUACGAAUAUAGUUAAAGUCGAGGUCAAAAAGGCUCCUAAUUUUUAUACUCAUCUUAUGGAAGAUAAAUUAACUGCACCAAUUUUUGCUAGAUUUAAAACUGAGAAAAAUAUAAGAAGAGUUGCGGCCUUGUUUUUUAUUACUUUAUUUUUACUUCUAACUUCAUGUACGGGAUUCUAUUUGUUACUAAGAAAAAUGCCUAUAAAAAAGAUUAAGAAAAAAUCUAAAUAUAAGAGAAAUAGAAGACUGUAAUAUAAAUAGUGCAAAUAAAGUGAUUUGAUUAUUUGAUUUAACCAUUAAUAUUAUGAUAAAUUGAAUUAAACAAUCUAAAAAUUUUCUAU